AUGUCUUUAGUGCGAUAUCUACUGUACUCCAACGAAUUCGACACUAGGGGAAUUGUCGCUGUGACAUCGUGGUCGUUGAGAAAUGAGACCCAUCCCGAGGAGAUCAAGAGAAUUAUUAACGCCUACGGCAAGGUUGUUGACAAACUCAAUCAACAUGUCCACCCUGACAAUUCUUACCCUGAUCCGCAAGAUCUGAUAGAUAAGGUGUCAUCCGGCCCGGUUUCUUACGGCAAAGCUGCCCUAAAGCAGUCACUUAGCGAUGGUGCUCGAAACCUGUUCGAGGCACUACGAGAAUCCGAGAAACCUCUCUACCUCGGUCUCUGGGGCGGAGUAAACACACUAGCUCAAGCUUUGCAACAUAUUGACAAAACCGAAACUAAGACCGUGGCGUCUCAAUUUCGCUCCCGCCUCCGGGUCUAUUCUAUUUCCGAUCAAGAUGACGCAGGGGCCUACAUAAGAGUCAAAUGGCCUGAUGUCUUCUUCAUUGUCAACGUCCAUGGCUAUCGGGAGUACAAUAUGGGUACAUGGACUGGGAUAUCUACCGGUGACAACAACGCUGCGAACAGGACCAAGGUGCUGGAUGACUGGCUUACUCCCAACAUUCGCCUUGGGCCGCUUGGGGCUGAAUAUUCCAAGAUUAUAUACACGAUGGAAGGGGAUAGUCCGAGCUUUCUCUGGAUUAUUCAGAACGGUCUCAAUGUUCCUGGACGGCCGGAUUACGGUGGCUGGGGUGGAAGGUAUAGUCGUGUUACUGAGGAUGAGGAUAUUAACCAAUACGGGACUUCAGCUGAUACCCUGAUCAAUAAUAACGGGGAAAGCUGGAGGAGCCACUAUGCCACUAUCUGGCGCUGGCGCGACGCUUACCAAGACGACUUUGCAGCACGUGUGCAAUGGACACUGGUUGACGGUUUUGAAGACGGCGCUCACCCUCCAAGCAUCUCUAUCAAUGGCUCUACAGGAGUUGAGCCGGUGCGAUUCAACGUUAGCCUCAACGACGCCAUCAUCCUGGACGCCAGCGAGUCGUAUGACACGGACAAUCUGAAUGAUGGCUCAGGACUUUCAUUCGAAUGGUAUUCCUACGCCGAGUGUGCGUUGACGUUCCUGACGAGUCUCGAUGAGAAGUUCUUCAAAGUUGAAGCACUUUCGCCGCCAUCUGGAACUAACGGUACGCUGACCGUUAAUGAAGCUGGUUUCAGCAAUGCCGCUCUGGGUCCUCAAGUCAAGAUAUCUGUCAACCUCACUGGCUGGGAACAAGAGCAGCCUAGCUCGGUCGAUAAAGAGUGGCAUGUUAUUCUUCAAGUCACCAACAACAAAGGAGCGUAUCCCGUCAGACGGUACAGGCGUGUCAUUCUUCAGAUUCCUGAGAGCACUUGA